AUGUGGGCGCACGCCGCGCGUGCGGAGGGGGAGGGCGCGGAAGGUGUGGGCGCGCGCGCGCUGAUCCCGGUGGCGGUGAAGGUGCUGAACGGCGACCCCGUCACGGGCGUGGGGGGGCUGGCGACCUUCGCGCACGAGUGCACGUUGGUGGAGGAGGAGGGGAGGCAUGCGAGUCUUUUGCGCGUGCACGGGUACGUGGCGCAGCGGCCGCCCAUCAUCAUCUGCGACUUCAUUGAGGGCGGCACCGUGGAGCAGCUCAUGGCACGAGUGGCGCGGGGAGAGGUGCAGUUCGGGUGGAGGGAGCGCGUGCAGAUGGCGUGGACAUGUGCGGACGUGUUGGCUCAGCUGCACCGCCUCAACCUCGUGCACCGCAACUUCAAAGCCUCCAACGUCCUCCUGCAACCCGACGGGACGCCGGUGGUGGCGGACUAUGGGUUGGCGCGGGUGGUGGCGGAUUGGAAGAUGCACGUGCAGAUGAGGGGCGCCGCCUCCAUGGCCUACAUCGACCCCGCCUACUUCGACUCCGGCACGUUGACGCGUCUGUCAGACACGUACGCGUUUGGCAUCUUCCUGCUGGAGCUUGUAUCAGGCGCAUCAGCGCAGGGCCCGCGCUUCAAGGCCGUGCGCAAGGCCGUGGCAGUGGCACGCGAGGCGGACCCCUCACAGGUGCUGGACCCUUUGCUGGCGGGGCAGUGGCAGCCCGCCCACAGCGCCAUCGUGCUGGCCACCAUCCGCUCUGCCAUCCUGUACGAGCGUGACAACCGCCCUGACAUGGCCAUUGUUAGGGACCAUGCUCCCCUCCCCAUUCUUGGAUGCUUCCCUCCCCAUUCCUCGGUGCUUCCCUCCCCAUUCCUGGAUGCUCCUCCCCACGUCGUUGCACUUGCCCCACGCUGUUGGAUGGCAGGCGAUGCGGAGGGGGGGAUAGAGAUGACCAACAGCAUGCAAAUGCUGCGCCAGUACUGCCUCAUGUUCGCCUCUCAAGGCCCCCCGCCCUCCUCCGUGCGCCUUUUCUUCCCGGAUGCCAACGAGCUGCCGGCGGCACAGGAGGUGUUUGAGGGCACGGCGUUCCCGCUGGACUGUCUGACCAAGCCCACGGGGCUGGAGGACAUCGGCUUCUCGCGCAAGCUGCCCCUCGCCCACCGCGUGGCCGCCUCCGACCGCCUCUUUGUGGCCGCCUACCCCUACUUCAACGUCAACGAAAUGCUGGCAGUUGAUGAUCUGUACCGUGACGUGGCAAGCAAGAACGGGCAGCCAAUCAUUGUCUUCAAUGGGGAGCUCGAUCGGAUCCGAUCAGGAUACUACCCGUCAUUCUUCUACCCAAAACUGGCAAAAAUCAAUAAGAGCCUGCUCCCACUCUUCGAAGCUGCUUAUUACAUCCAUAACUUCAAAGGAAGGUUUGGAGGCAAACUGUUUAGCGGCGCGGUGUGUGGAUGUUGCGUGGCAGGUGGAACGACGACGGGAGCCAAGUUUCGAGUGACGCUGGGUCUGCCGGUGGGCGCGGUGCUCAACUGCGCGGACAACACGGGCGCCAAGAACCUCUUCAUCAUGUCCGUCUGCGGCAUCAAGGGCCGCCUCAAUCGCCUGCCGUCCGGCGCCGUGGGCGACAUGGUCAUGGCCACGGUCAAGAAGGGCAAGCCCGACCUCCGUAAAAAGGGCGAAGGGUGGGAGAGGGACACGUGGCGCGAUCUGAGUGGCGAGUUCGGUGAGGAGGAGGAUGAGGGAGGUGAGGGCAGCAGCCGGCGGGGAAACGAAGACUGGACCGAGCAGGCGCAGGGCAAGAGGGCCGAAGAGGGGAUAGGGGGAAAGGCGGGACUGGGGGGCGCAGAGCAGGGUACCGCGGGCGAGGCAGGGGAGGCGGGCGGGGGGGCGGCCCAGAAUGCGGGGAAGGGCGGGCGCGGUGGUGGGGCGGCUGCCCCAGAGAGCUCAGCAGGAGCAGCAGAGGGGGCGAGCUGGGGCAGGCGGGCGUGGGAGGGGGAGGGCGCGGAGGGCGAAGCGUGGCAAGUGGAGGAGGCGUGGAGGGAGUGGGACCGAGUCGUGGGUUGCGAGCGAUUCCGAGCCAAACACGCAGGCCACAGCAGCAGCAGUGGUGGCAGCAGCUUUCAGGGCGAGGAGGCGAGUGACUGCUCACUGCUGAAGCUGCCCCAUGUCACCGUGCAGGUGCGCCCUCCACCCUCCAUGCGCCCCACCCGGUCCCACAUGCCCCUGCACUCUUUCAAACCUGCUUCUCCCACUGCUGCCCUCUGCCGUUUCCUGGUUAUCAUGGCGUCGGCGUCGCUGCCCGCAUGGCUGGAGGGCUUCUUCGCGUGCCCGUGCGGCCUCACGUGCACGCUGUCGCGCAGUGAGGUGCUGGCGGCGCGCCCAGACGCCAUGCUCUACGAGGGGGGCGCGCCCAGGGGGGUGCGGGUCAAGGGCGACCCGCUGCUCGUGCACGUGGAUAUGGAAGCGGAGGGGGAGGGGGGAGAGGGGGAAGAGGGGGCGCAGGGGGGCAGUGGAGUGGAUGUGACGGUGGGGUAUGGCCCGGGUGCGGACGUGCAGUGCUCGUAUGCCAGCAACCUGCUGCUGGCCGACCACAACCCCCUCGUCGCUGCCUCCAAGUCCCCCGCUCUUACCAUCUUCCACGCCUCAUCAAGCUAUUCGCCAUGGCGGGCGGCAGCAGCGCCGCUGCUACUGGCGCACCCCCUCACACACCGCUUCGGCCUGCAGACGCCCCUCCCGCUGCGCCGCUCCCUGCGCCGCGCCUUCCCCCACUGCCAGUACUCGCGUGCCCCCAAGGCUGCACGCGCACAGGGUGCUGCUGUUGCAAAGGGGACAGCGGCUGUGGGGGAGGGAGGAAGGGGGAGUGCAGCGGUGCAAGGGAAGGUAGAGGGGAAGGAGGGGCAGGGGAAGGAGGGGCAGGGGGAGAAGAAACAGGGAGAGGGGAGUGCAGGGGGGGCAGAGGAGGGGGCAGGAUGGACGGCGAGGGACCGGGAGAUGGCGGGCGUGGACGAGGCAGUUGGGGGAGGGGGGGGAGGAGGGGCGCGAGGGGGACCGUAUGCGGGGUGGUGGGGCGAGCUGGCAUGCGUGCAGUCGCACUUCCUCUUCUCCCUCGCUAUCGAACGCCACCCCCGCCCCUCCUACGUCACUGAGAAGUUCUUCCUGCCGCUCCUCGCAGGUAGCCGCCCCACCCCGCUUCAACUUUCCCACCCACACACCAUGCACCCCUUGACAGGCUACACGUGUAGCUCAGAAUGUGUUCUUGCUCACAUGCACACGCCCUUGUGUGUGCGUACGCCACGCCAUCCCCACCUCUUCCGGGAGGCGAUGGCACGCAGUGUGCCGAUAUACUACGGGGCGGCAGACGUGCGUGAGUUUGCCCCACCGGAGUCGUUCAUGGAGGGCGGGGUGGAGAGCCAGGAGAGCAUAGUGCAGCGCGUGCACGCCAUGCGCACCAACACCACGGAGUACCUCUCCCUGCACGCAUGGCGCCGGUGCGGAGUGCUGGGGGGUCUGCAGCGAGCGUUGCAGACGGGGUUUGACACUCUGCCGUGCCGCCUGUGCCAUCGCAUCAGCGCCAUGGGGGGGCGCGCACACACCCCACAACCCCGCUCUGCUGAAGAGGAUGCUGCUGCUGGCGGGGGUGAUGCAGGUGCCAUGAACUCGGGCGCAACAGUGAUUUGA